AUGCCGUCGCCUCUCCUUAAAAUGGCGACGCUCGCUUUGCUUGCAUCGCCGGCCGUUGCAACCAGCAGCUACAAUCUGCUCCACAAAUUCGACGAGACCAACUUCUUCCAAAACUUCUCUUUCUACUCCGAUCCCGACCCAACUGGCGGAUUCGUCCAGUAUUUGGACUAUGAUGCCGCCCAUACGGCUGGCCUUGCCAAGAUUCAGUCCAAUGGAAACGUCUACCUCGGGGUUGACCAUACCAACACAUACACUACCGGUGGUCGACCUUCAACCCGUGUCAUGUCCGACAUCCAAUUCGACCAGGGCCUUCUCAUUGCGGACAUUGCCCACAUGCCUGGAAAUGCUUGUGGUGUCUGGCCUGCCUUUUGGACGACCGGCGCCAACUGGCCAGCAGAUGGCGAGAUUGAUAUUAUCGAGGGAAUCAAUAAACAGAAGAAUACUCAGGUAGCCCUGCAUACGCUGGACUCAUGUGACAUCUCGACAACAGCUUCUGAACUCACUGGCGAUUUGACUGCGACUGCUUGCUCAACUUCUGUUGGUUCUGGUGGCUGUACUGUCCAGGGAACCGACGGCAGCUAUGGAGACGAUUUCAAUAACUUGAAUGGUGGUGUUUACGCCGUGGAGGUGACUUCUGAUGCCAUCAAAGUCUGGUUCUUCUCUCGUGCCAACAUCCCCGGCUGUAUUGCCUCUGGCCACCCUGACACAUCCUCUUUUGGGACUCCAAUGGCAGUCUUCCAGGGUUCCUGCGACUUUGAGAAAGACUUCACAGCUCAGCAAAUUAUUUUCAACACUGAUUUCUGUGGUGACUGGGCCGGCUACAGUUAUGCUGCUUCCUGCUCAUUGACCGAUGGUCUCACCGCUAUUAAGUCUUGCGAAGCUUACGUUGGAGCCAACCCAUCUGCUUUCACUGAGGCUUACUGGGAAAUUGUGUCUGUUGCUCUUUAUCAGAAGGGUAAUGCCGCCGUCUCGUCUGUGGCUCCGACAACAGCCGCCACCUCCACAGCUGCGACCUCCACAGUUCCAGCUACAAUUCCCACCUCAGCUCCCACCUCAGCUCCUACAUCGGCUCCUACAUCAGCUCCCACCUCGGCUCCCACUACGGCUCCCACGUCGACCGGAUCUGCCUUGCCUACAAGCAGUCCUGCCCGUUUAUCCCCCUCAGGCAAACCUAGCAGCCGACCAGUCGCGCCUAGCUCGGGUGCAGGCACCGGCUCUGGCUCUGGUUCGGGAUCGGGAUCGGGUUCAGGUUCAGGUAACAGCGCCGGCUCCAGCUCAGGUAUCGUUGGAAGCGGCGCUCGCAUCUCGCCAGCCAAGACCUCUUGUUCAUCCAAGAGCACCGUUACUGUGACUUCUGUGGUUGCUCCUACUAGCAGUGCUCCCGUCGUGCCGACAACCAGUCCUUGCUCCUCCAAGAGCACUGUGACAGUGACCUCUUUCACCAGCCCUGCUCCCUCCGUUCAAGCAGUCAGCCCCGCUUCUUCCAAGUUGACUACCACCACGGUUAUUGUCACAUCAUACGUCGAUGUUUGCCCGACUGGUUACACAACCAAGACAAUCACACAAACUGUCACCUACUGUCCUGCCGAUGUGACCUCAAGCAGCAUUGCUCCUGCCUUCACAACCACCACCAAACUUUGCACCAGUGGUUGCGCUCCUAGCCCAACAACUGUUGUCGUUGUGGUACCAGUUGAAACUUCUACCUCCCCAGCAAAGGCGACCGGCACUGCUCUUGUAUCUGGAAGCAGCCCGGCUUCAGGCUCGGAGACCACAAUCUUACCUGCGCUUGCUGUCUCUGCUCCAGGAACUUCACAGACUGGUGUUAGCACAGCAGUUAGCCCUGUACGCACUGGUAUCUACUCAACAGGUGGUCUUGUUCCUGUGGCUCCUUCCACUACCUCCAGCCCUGCUAGUGCUAAACCAUCAAGCUCACUGCCUGGUAAAGGUAGUGUCACCACAACCGGCGUGAGCCCCGCUUUCACUGGCGCAGGUAGCAGGAUAACACCUUCGGCUGUCGGCUUCAUCGCAGCCGUCGCUGGUUUUGUUUUAUUCAUUUAG